CGAAAAGUAAUGAUUAUUUCGGUCUACGGACGCUUAGUUCCGCGUAUUCCCGUAGCGGCGCUGCGCGUCGAACGGGAGUGGGAAGGUGGAUGUACCUCAAUAGAGUCCAGUUAAAACGUAAUUUUAGUUCUUGAAAUUGCGGAUGUAUCAGUACAAGUGUUUCAUAGAGCCCGUGUUGCAUACGUCGCGAUUAUAUUUCGCUUUCGAUACGCCUUCAGUAGUGAGAUAUCGUUUUGUAAGGUGCACCGUCGUCCAUUACACCGAGCGCUCCUACAAGGGCUCGGGCAGGAGCGGCCAGGUCCUCGGUGCUAUGUGCUGAUGCAGUACGAUGUUCGUGUCGUCUAGUGCGUAUCGACCGUAUUUUAAUUUGUGGCACACCGAUCGUGAGUUGCAAUGCACGAGAAACCGCGACACUCCUUAGGGUAGAGUUAGUAUCGACUCGCGAUACCGACCAAGGACAUGUUUAUUUAUGAAUUAAGUACGUAUCGACAAUAAGAUAUCGUAUCGCAAGAUGCUAAUAAACUCAACGAGGCGGACAAAAUCGACCGCACCGUGCGGCCCACAUGCGGAAAUCAUCUGAAAACAUAUAUUAACUCCCUAAUGGCGCUGAGCAAGUUUCUUCUCUUCAUUGCGAUUUUAGCGGUUGUCAGGGCCGUUUACAAUGAGGCGGAAGCAAAAAAUAAAACGCAAGAAGCCCUGGCGGCGAAAAGGGAGCAAAGGACAAGGUUCGCGGCACCGGAGCCAGUGCGUGGGUCGUUCCAGAAGUUGACCAACCUCAUGAACAGGACGGAGGAAAGAAACAAUAGGCGACGUAAGCAGAAUAUCAACAAAAUAUUUAACCUGAAUAGGAAACAAAAAACUCAAAACGACGCUAACGCUAUGCUAAAUGACAAGGAAGGAGCGAUCGCUAUCAACCAGAGGACAUUCGCAGACAAUAUAACAAACACGUAUGUGUUUUCUGAUAAAAUGAAGGCUCUAAGACCAGAAGUGCCAACGUAUGAAGCGAUUUACAAGAACAAUUACAUCCCACCAGUGACAGGGGUGUUUUGCGACUUCGAAAAGCACAAUGGUUCGAUGGAUAUGUGCAAGUGGCAGUGGAAUAGCACAGUUUCGGACCAUGGGCUGGGUUUUAGUGUGGUGACCGCGUCUGACAUCGUGGGGAUGAAUACCACCACUCGCGGACUCAAGUUUACUGGACCCGAAAUGGACGCUGAUGGGAACAAGGAAGGUCAUUUCCUGUACCUGCCAGUGGACCCCACGAUGGAGAAUAUGGCGAUAAAAUCACCCCCAUUCCGAGGGCUAUGGGAGUUUUGCAAGUUUGAAGCAGUUCUCCAUCAAAGCAAGAUGCAGAACGCAAGCAUCAAGCUGGUCUCCGAAGCCACCAUGUCUGAAGUACAGUGGAUCCUGCAGGAGAUUGCUGGAAACAACGAAGAAAAGUGGGUGCCAAUAAGGCUCAUGAUAGGCAAGGUCCUGCAGGAAGUAAGGAUAAUAGUGGAGGUAACUCGACCAAGUUACGUGAGCCUCUCGCAGACUCUACCUCAUAUAGCUCUGGACAACAUCCGUAUGGUGGAGUGUCUGCCAGAACCGCCGGUCUUCAAUGGCGAAUGUCAGAAUGGACAGCUCAAAUGCAAGAUUAUGAAGAAGGAGUCUUGCAUCAAGCUUCAACAAGUUUGUGACUUGGUCAAGGAUUGUGAUGAUGGCAGUGAUGAGAAUCAAAAUUGUGAUAAAAUGCCGUACGGCUCAUAUUGUAAUUUUGAGCAAGAUGCAUGUGGCUUCGAGAACGUACCACAGCCAAUUCUAAAAUGGUCACGUCACAGUGGACCAACACCAACUGACAAGACAGGUCCAAACUACGACCACACUUGUGGCCCACCCCUUCUCUACAAUCCAACUACCGCUAAUCCAACAGUUCCACUCUCUCCUGCCCACAUGAAUUACACCCUCCCCACAUGCGUUGGGUACUAUUUCUUUGUGAACAUGAAUGUAACCGGACCGAAUAAAGAGAGGGCUGAUUUCGCAUCGACUGCUGUUAUGAAGACUGUCAUCUUUAAUCCUCCGCCUAAACUUCAUGGGGAUAUCAAUUCUAAAUACUACAAUUGUUGUAUGAUACGUUUUUAUUACCAACAAAAUGGCCGGAACUAUGGUUCACUUGGCGUUGAUGUGGUGGAACUCACUCCGGGAGGAAAUAUCACCACAUCUCUAUGGUUCUCUACCAAGGACAAGGGUGAGAACUGGUACAGAGCCGCCAUUUUCUUACCGAAUAUUACUCGAAGGUACUACUUCAUCUUUAGGACUCGUAUGGGCAUUAGGAUUUACUCGGAUUCCGCUAUUGAUGACUUUUCAAUGGCACCAGAAUGUUUCGGCCUGAACAUCAACUCAACUGAGUUAGGUGAUUACAACUAUUAUGACCCCAUGUUUGAAGAGAAGACCACACCCCAUCCAGACUUUGAGGACGCUAUAUAUUAUCGUUUCUCUACCUGUGGUAACGUGGGUCGUUUCGGCCCCAACCAGACAAUGUGCGACAUCGCAUACAAUAACACUCCUGUAUCAGUGACAGUGGGCAAGCCCUCUCAAGGCAUACAGGCCUGGGAGGUGCCCUCUGAAGGGUUAUAUACUAUAAUGGCGACGGGAGCGUCAGGGGGGUUGGGGUCGAUGUGGGCCGGGGUGUCGCACGGGGCGCAGGCGCGGGGUCUGUUUGUACUUCAUAAGGGGGAGCGUUUGUAUAUGCUCAUCGGACAGCCAGGGUCGAAUGCUUGUAAGAAGACACUAUCAGCUCAAGAGAGCCAAGAAUGCUCUAAAAGGGACUCGAACGACACGACCGCCGUGUUCACGAGCAAGACACACGAAGUGCGGAACACACGCGUCAAUGACGGAGGGGGCGGGGGCGGGGGCGCUACUUAUGUUUUCCUGCUAAACAAAGAAGGCCACCCAGUACCCUUGCUGGUGGGUGGUGGAGGGGGUGGCCUGUCUGUGGGGGUGUUUAAGGACGAUGGCUCACAACACGCCAGGGGACGAACAAACGCAACUGAAGAAUCUGGCUACAUGUAUGGCCAGCCUGGGAGAACUUCUGGUGCUGGAGGUGGUUGGGUCUCCCGAUCAGGUCCAAUAACUCCAGGGUUCGAGGUGGUUCGUGGAACUGCUUUCAAGGAUGGUGGGGUUGGUGGGGAGGCGUGUUCUGGUGGAGCUGAUGGAGGAUUUGGAGGAGGGGGUGGUGGGUGUUUGAGAGGGGGAGGUGGAGGCGGUUGGGUUGGUGGUAACACAAACGAGGGCGAUGGUUUCCAUGGUGGUGGAGGAUGGUCAUAUGUGGAUACCAUUCGCGGUGUAAAGGAAUACGCUGGAGUCAACUUGGCUUUGAGGUCUGGACCUGGUGAAGUUCUGGUCAUACCAGCCAUACAUAAAUGUGGCUGCAACUACCGCUGUGUCGCUAUGAACGAAUACCGAAGCGAGGUGAAGUGUUACUGCCCUGCGACCUGGACUACAGACUCCAACGAUCCCACCAAGUGCAUACUGGAAGAAGGCUGGUCGCAAAUGUGGCAAGCAGGCCUGGUGGUGUUGGCCGUCAUCGUCGUGAUGUUCGUUGGAGCCAUAUUGGUGGUCACUCUUCAUAUAUAUAAUAAAUACCAACGUACGAAAGAACAAGAUUUAAUUCAGAAGCAGAUAAGACAGCAGGAGUUGCAACUACACAGGCUGAGGACGGCUCCGGGGGGUGAUAAUACCCUGAACAUGGCUUUCAACCCCCACUAUGGAAGCGAGAGCUUCCUACCUCAAGGGGUCGAUGUUAGGGGGCUGCCUAAAGUAGCUAGGGAGAGUUUGAAACUUGUCAAGGCGCUGGGCCAGGGCGCGUUCGGCGAGGUGUACCAGGGGCUGUACCGCCACCCGCGGCCGCGCGCCGGCGCCGCGCCCGACAUGCCCGUGGCCGUCAAGACGCUGCCCGAGCUGUCCACCGGCCAGGCCGAGGCCGACUUCCUCAUGGAGGCCGCCAUCAUGGCCAAGUUCAGCCACCCCAACAUCGUGCACCUCAUCGGCGUCUGCUUCGACCGACACCCCAGAUUCAUAGUUCUGGAACUAUUAGCUGGUGGAGAUUUGAAGAAUUUCCUCCGAGAGAGUCGUCCGAGACCGGAAAGAGCCAGUGCCCUCACGAUGAAAGACCUACUGCUUUGCGCCCUUGAUAUAUGUAAAGGGUGCAAGUACUUAGAGGCCAAGAGAUUUGUCCAUAGGGAUAUAGCAGCCCGCAAUUGUCUGCUAACUUCUCGUGGACCGGGUCGAGUUGUGAAGAUAGCUGAUUUCGGGAUGGCGAGAGAUAUCUACCGGUCGGACUAUUACAAGAAGGGGGGGAAAGCCAUGCUCCCCAUAAAGUGGAUGCCCCCAGAAGCAUAUAUUGAUGGAAUAUUUACCGUUAAAACGGAUGUCUGGUCCUAUGGCGUGUUACUGUGGGAGGUGUUCUCGCUGGGCAUCAUGCCGUACACCGGAUGUGCCAACAGAGAAGUCAUGCAGAUGGUGUCUGGAGGUGGCCGUCUUGAGAAACCUCCUGGUUGUCCUCCAGACGUGUACAGACUGAUGUGCGAGUGUUGGAACCCGACGCCCACCGAGAGACCUUCCUUCGCUCAGAUGUUCGACAGACUGCAGAGAUUAGUACAAGACCCAGAGAUAACAGAGGCGCCGCUGCCUUUGCUCUGCUCUUAUCUCGCUCCCAAAGAGAUGCCAGAAGCCAAUGGACCACAGCGCUCGGCGGGCGACUACCUCGUGCCUCUGUCGCCUCAGGACCAGCCGGGGGAUGCUAGCUCAAUGGAUCCGUUGGUACUUCAUAGCAAAUCGCAAACGGCGGCACCGGAGAAGGCAGAAAUGGAGGAUUCACAAUAUCAACCUCUUCUGAAAGCAUCACAAGAAUAUGGCAACAUUCCAAUGGCGUCGCUGGGCGCCAGCGCAAGACGCGACGGCUCCGCUGCUUCCAGCGCCGAGAUAAGGACCAACACAAAAUUUCUGCCGUCUAACUCUACAGACAGGUUAAUAAAUUCAGUGGAAGACACGUCGAUGGACGAAGACACGGCCUCAGAGACGGACGAGAAGCCCGCCGUCUGGGAGACUUCCUUCACCGAAAUCAAACCCAAGACUCCCGUUGAAACCGCACCGAGCACCGAACCUGAACCCACUGUCGAAAAACUGAUAAGCAUAACUCCAACGUCACCAAAACCACCAGACAACGUUCUGUCCCAGGCGAUGGAGUCGGUCAUCGAUAAAACCAACACGAGUUUGAAGGUGGAUAAGAGGACUGCUCCCAUAGCGUCCCCUGACCCACCCCGGAUAACCGCCUGGAAUAAAGAACCGCCAAAACUAAUGCCCAAAGCGAAGCCAUUCUGUCUAGACGCAGCUCAGCUAGAACAGAACCUGAACGCUCUGAAGAAAAACAGCGGUUCAGUGAACUUGACGAUGAUGAACACGAUGAAGAUUCUUCCUCCGUACAUAAAUGUAGUCACACCGAACAAAUUAUCCGAAUCGAAGACCAUACAGAUCGAUCCGAAGAAAGCUGUCAUACAUGAUCUACAAUCACCACAGGAACCGGAAGUCAAAGACGAAAAGGGAAAGCUAAAACAGUCAAAUUCCGCUGCAAGUCUUCUAAACGGCCCGAUGACAGAUGUUCCGUACGCAGAUAGCGAUAACGCGUCCUCGAGUUCUGGCAGCAACGCACAUAAUACGGCCAAUAACAAGAAAAAUAAAAAUUAUCCAGAAAUAGUCGUCGGUAACGGUAAAAAAGUUAUAAAACAGGGUAGCAACGGGGAGUUUGGUGAUUCGGAAAUUAGCUGUUAAGGACUUUAUACAGUAUCGUCUGUCGAACGUUUAAAGUGCAGUGCAGUGCCGCCGUUUGGACGUUGAAAAAACAUUACAAGAUGAAUAUAUUCUCGUUUGUAAAUAAUAUAAUAUUUCUAAUAAAUAAACAUUCGAUGUGAA